CAAGAGGCGAGGCCCUGGAUGCGUGUGACAGCCACGGCACCGCGGGGCUCCAGUGUCCACCGUGGGCACGCGUCCAGCGGCGCGGGCCAGCAGCCCAGUGGGAACGCUGGCUGGCCUCCACGGGGGUGGCCCGGCCCGGCCUCCCCAGCACAGGAGCAGCCAGAGGCUCCGUGACUCCUCCUCGGCGCGGGCUGGCUCCUCGCACACGGAGGAGACCAUGGGAGGCACGGCUCGGCACGGCCCGGAGGAUUGCUGCUUCCUGCAGGCAGAAGCGGCCGAGCCCAGGAAGAAGAGCUGCCCCAGGUACCAGCUCUGCGGACUGCUCUUCAGCCUGCUGCUCCUUUCUCUCAUUCUGGUGUUCUUUGGUGUCAAAUACCUCUGGAGCCCUGCACCCAGAAAAGUUUAUGACAUGGAGCACACGUUCUUCAGCAAUGGUGAGAAGAAGAAGAUUGUGAUGGAGAUCGACCCUCUGGCCAGGACUGAGACCUUCAGCAGUGGGAAUGGCAGUGAGGAGAUCCUGGAGAUCCAUGACUUCAAAAACGGAAUAACCGGCAUCUUCUUUGUGGGACUUCAAAAAUGUUUCAUCAAAACUCAGACUAAAGUCCUGCCUGAGACGACAGAGGCCAAGAUCCCUGAGCUUGAGGGACAAGAGAUCACCACCACCUACUUUGAGCAGUCUGUGGUCUGGGUGCCUGGGGAAAAGCCCAUCCAGAACAAGGAAUUCCUGAGGAGCUCCAAAAUUUUUGACAUCUGCAAAAAUGUGACCAUCUUCUGGAUCCACCCCACCCCAAUAGCAGCUCCUGAGCUGGCCAACCUUGAAGGAGCAGAAGAAGAGGACCCUGGGCUGCUGAUAGACAAGCAGAGCUGGUUGGACAGUGGGAAUGAACAGGAGCUGGAGAAGGACACGCAGGGGGGACCCAGGCGUCGGGCACGGCAGCUCACCGAGGAGGAUCUGCCCAUCAACGACUAUUCGGAGAACGGGCUGGAGUUCCACCCUCUGUGGGAUGAGCGGGGUUACUGCUGUGCCCAGUGCCGCCGUGCCCACCGCUACUGCCGGCGGGUCUGCGAGCCGCUGCUGGGCUACCACCCCUACCCCUACUGCUACCAGGGCGGCAGGGUCAUCUGCCGCGUCAUCAUGCCCUGCAACUGGUGGAUCGCGCGGAUGCUGGGCAGGGUGUAGAGCCCGCCCGCCCCGCUGCCACCCUCCGGCUGCGGGGGAUGCCCGGGGGCCCCGCACGCCUGCGGGUCCUGGCACCGCCCGGAGCGACCCCGCACACCUGCGGGUC